AUGGUACCUACGUUCGAGAAUCCUAUCAUCCGUGGCUUCAACCCAGACCCCACAGUUUGCGUGGUCCCAUCAUCCACGCCCGGCGGCAGUCCAACAUACUACCUCAGCACUUCAACAUUCGAAUACUUCCCAGGCUGCGCCAUCUAUCGUUCCACUGAUAUCAUAAACUGGACUCUGAUUGGCCACGCCUUGACCCGCCCCUCACAACUCAACCUCCGCACUGUCGAACCAGGAGCUGGAAGCUGGGCCUCCACCUUGCGUUACAGGCAAGACGAAAAGCGAUGGUACCUCUUCAACGGUGUAUACCACCGCUACCGACCAAGCAGCGAUGAGCGCAUCUUCCCGCGAGGCUUCUACGUCUGGACUGAUGACAUCGAUACAAACGGGAGCUGGAGUGACCCAGUGUACUUCGACAACCCUGGAUUCGAUCAAGAUGUUUUCUGGGAUGACGGCGGGAAGUCGUAUCUCUCUACCACAGUGAGAAUUGCGGAUCGAGAAUCGGCGAGCAAGUUGAAAGAUUUCGCCAUCCACAUUUCUGAGAUCGAUCUGCCGACUGGUAGAACGUUGACGCCGCCUGUGUGUAUUCGGCAGAGCAAGUAUGGCGUUGCUGAGGGGAGUCAUAUCAUGAAGAAAGAUGGGUACUAUUAUCUGUUUGUUGCUGAGGGUGGUACAGAGGCGGGGCAUCAGGAGUGGGUGUUUAGAAGUGAGAAGGGUGUCUUCGGACCGUGGGAGAGUCAGGGGAAGCCGUUGUGGUAUAAUGGGCCCAACGAAGAUGUGCAGAGGACGGGGCAUGCGGAUGUCUUUGAAGACGAGCAGGGCCGCUGGUGGGGUGUAUUUCUUGGUGUGAGGCCGGUUGCGAAGGAAGGGAAGUUCAUCGAACCACAGCUCGAAACGUUCCUCGUCAAAGUUGAAUGGGCUGAUGGCUGGCCGGUCUUUAACGAUGGGAAAAACAUCAGGUUCACGACUGAAGGCCGUGAUGAAAUCGAACAGCUCGUGCUUCAGUCAAAACCGGAAGGCAUUCGGUGGCAGGCCGCCCUCGACCCAGGAAAAGAUGCGCUUGAGCUUGGGUGGUACCAGAAAAACACCCCACUCAAGCCUUUCCACUCAUUCACCGAGCGUCCAGGAUAUCUACGUCUCCAUGGCGGAUGUUAUGGCCUUUCAUCUCCGGAAGCACCGGCCCUUCUUUUGCGGAAACAGGAAAGCUAUCACGAAAAGUUCUCUGCCACCCUUGAAUUCAAGCCCAGCCACAAAGAGUACGAAGCAGGUAUCACCGUAUGGUGGAGCAUGUACUCCUACGCCUCAAUCGGUAUCACAGCUGUGAUCCACGAGAAUCAACUUGUGUCUACUAUUGUUUGCAGGAAGCCUACGGGAGCGGUUGGGAAGUUGGAGACGACGUAUCCGGCAAUAACAUUUGCUUCCGAUCAACAGACUUUUGAUGCGUCAACAGCUGCGCAGUUGUCAGCUGCAGCUACUCCGACUACGUAUACCCUGAAGCUCUCUCAAGGGUCGUCCGAAUGGAACUUCUCCUUCAACACCGAAGAUCUCUGCAUCAUGCCUCCCGUUGGCGGCGCCUUCACGGGGGUAAUGUUCGGUAUAUACUCGUUUGGAGCGUGGGAGCCGGUGCUGGAUCCGGCGGACUUCAACGAUAUUAUGAUCCAAGAGCAAGAAUCUUGAGGAGAAAACUGCUGUUCAGGUACCUAAACGAAGACCGGAUUCAGAGUUUUCAGGGAGAGCCCGUUGAGUACGGAUCUGUACAUGAAUCAGCGUUUGACAUAUGGUAUGCAUUAAGGUAC